UCGAAGGCACAUCGCAUCGAACGAACAAAGCUGCAAAAUCUGCCGAUCCAUUGACAAGCGUCGCCUUCUUCCGCCCGACGACGUCCAUCGAGCGAAAGGUGGAGAAUGAAGGAGGACGAGGGCCGGGAGGGCUUUUCGAGCGACAGCGAUCCGAAUCGGAGCGAAGGGUCGGGCGGAGCAGAGGAGGCCAGAGCAGCAGCAGAGGAACCGAAAUCGGCUGGCGAGCAGUCGUUCUGGCGAUGGGGCGGACAGCCGAUCGGCCAGAGCAGCAUCGACGAGGACAAGAAGAAGCAAGCUCUGGCCGCGUGCAGCGCUCCGCACGCCACUUUGGUCAGCUGCUUGAGGCAAGGGUUCACGGCUGAUUGCUCCGAGUCGCAGAAAGCGUUCUGGGAUUGCUAUCAGAAGCACCGAGGCGUUCGCGGGAAUAAAAUCGCAGCGUGGUUCGCACCUCCGAGCUUCUUCGGCGGCGCGCAGAAAUCUGAACCGGCUGCUCAAGAAUCCGGAGAGAAUCAACAGCAACCCUGAACCGGAGCCUGCUGUCAACAUCAGAUGAGCUCGUCUCUGUGUCUGUGCGCAAUCGCGACUCGGUGUUCAGCUUGUCGAAAUUGCAAUGUCCUCCCAGUGUCCAUCCCUACUUUCUGCUCGGGAUUCCCGAUGUGUUCUUCAAAUUUUCUGUCAUGAGCUUGUGAAUUUGUCCUUAGAACGCUUCAAUUUGUGUGCAUCGAUUCACUUGCUCCAAAUUUUCAUAUAGUUAUCUCGAGUAUGAGCUUUCUCGGUGGCUAAGAGAGGGAUUCAGGACCAAGUUACACUACGAGGAGAGUCUCAUAGAUUGCUACAAGGACCAUAAAUUGUGAAAUUGCAUGUUGUUUGCGAUCGAUGCAGUCGAUGCAGCAAUUCUUCCCUCUGCAUCGAAAUACUUCGCUGGCGGGUGUUUCGUCCGGUUAUGUGGAUGAACGUCUCACAGUUCGUCAUAUUUAUCAUUCAGUCUUUUCUGUCGACAGUAGACGUCGCUUAUGAUCGCAAUAAUAGAUGGAUGAUUUAGUGCAAUACAAUCAUGUACAACGAUUGAUG